UCGAACUGUGCGGCGGCGAGCAGCGUUCUCCGGUGCUGCCCAAAAAAUAAAUAUUAUUUACAUAUUUUAAGGCACAUUUUGUUGUUUAAAAAGUUUUUUUUAACAUUUUUUAAACACUUUUUUAAAGACUUUUUACCCACUUUUUUACUGGAUUUUUUUUUUUACAAUUUUUGUUUUCUUCUCAAAAGAAGGCUUGUAAUAAACUAUCAAAAAAGUGCUUUAGUUUUACAUUUUAUAGUUUUUAACUAAAAAAAAUAAAAGAAGCUACAAUGGCCGCCUCAGCCCAAAUUGUUGCGCCAGAAAUCUCGCACGGCAAGCGGGCUGCCUUCCAGGUGCUGGCCGGCGGAUCGGCUGGCUUCCUGGAGGUCUGCAUUAUGCAGCCCCUGGAUGUGGUCAAGACCCGCAUGCAGAUACAGGCCACACCCUCAGUGGCUGGAACGGCACUGAAUGAGCUCCACUACAAUGGCGUCUUUGAUUGCUUCGCCAAGAUGUACCGGCACGAGGGCCUCACCUCCUACUGGAAGGGCAUCAUGCCCCCCAUUCUGGCCGAGACCCCAAAGCGUGCCAUCAAAUUCCUGGUUUUCGAGCAGACCAAACCCCUCUUCCAGUUCGGCUCGCCCACCCCCACACCGUUGACCUUCUCGUUGGCCGGCUUAACGGCCGGCACUCUGGAGGCCAUUGCCGUCAAUCCCUUCGAGGUGGUCAAGGUGGCCCAGCAGGCGGACAGGCAAAAGAAGCUGCUCAGCACAUUCGAUGUAGCCAAGGAAAUCAUCCGGAAGGACGGAGUGGGUCUGCGGGGCAUCAACAAGGGCGUCACAGCCACCAUGGGACGCAAUGGGCUGUUCAAUAUGGUCUACUUUGGGUUCUAUCACAGCGUCAAGAACGUGGUGCCCGAGUACAAGGAGACGCACUUGGAGUUCUUGCGCAAGGUGACCAUUGGUUUUCUGGCCGGCACAUUGGCCUGCUUCGUCAACAUACCCUUCGAUGUGGCCAAGUCGCGUAUCCAGGGACCACAGCCGGCGGCCGGCGUCAUCAAAUACCGGGGAACGUUCAGCUCCAUGGGCAUUGUCUACCGGGAGGAGGGUUUCCGCGCUCUUUACAAGGGUCUGGUGCCCAAGAUUAUGCGUUUGGGACCCGGCGGUGCCAUUAUGCUGCUGGUCUUUGACUACUCCUACAACUACCUGCUGCAGAACCACUCUUAGUUGUUCUAAGUUUCCAUCUCCCUCAGCCUCUAGUACUAGUUUUUACAAUUUUUUUUUUUUGUUAUGAUGAAAGUGUGGCUCUUAAGCGUAAGACUAGCGUGUGUGAGAUGUAUGUAGAAAUAAUAAAGGUAAUAACGAAGAGAA